AAGAGAUCAGAAAACAUAAUAGCAGGACUGGCUGGACAGCCUCCUGACGAGACUUGGGACGUGAGUAAAGCAGCUACAAGGUGUGUCUCUUCCUCACUGCAGUCAUGUCUCUUGAAGCCUUUCACCAAGCGGCGGAUAAUGUGAAGAACUUGAAAGAGCGACCAAACAAGGACGAACUCUCUGUGCUGUACGGUUUAUAUAAGCAAGCCACAGUGGGUGAUAUUAACAUGGAUCGUCCGGGGUUUCCUGACUUUAAAGGGCGAGGAAAAUGGGACGCCUGGAAUGCAAAGAAAGGUCUGUCCCAAGAGGAAGCAAUGGCCUCCUACAUUAGUUUUGUAGAGGAGAUGAUACAAAAAUAUGGCAUGUAGACCCAACAAAUGCUUUUCCACUGUCCUACCUCCCAGUGUGCUCUUGAAACAGCCAGGAGAAAACCUGAAGGAGCCGAUUUUUACAAGAUGCUGCACACUUGAGACACGCAACAAUGAACAUCACAAAGUUUUCACUAUUUGAAAGUAAAUUUACAAUCCUAAAUUGGCUGGGAUUCCUCCAGGGGCUAAAUUGCCUCCAACCAAGCGUUAACAUGGUUGAAAUAAAGCCUAAAAAAUGUGCAAAUACAAUGUAACCCGAGUCAGAAUGGCAUCGAAUGUAAUUUCAUUUUGUUCACAAAUAAGUUCACAUGUGGGUAAAAGAUAAUUUGUAU